AUGGUAUUUAUUUACUUGAGGUUUUUCUUCCUCUACUCUCCUUCGUUUGACUCUUUCUCAAAAAUAGGAGAUUCCGGUGUCUGGGGCUUGAAAAAGAACUUUGCUUUGUUGGAACUCUUGGAACGGUUGCAGAAUGGACCUGCUGGGCAGUGUGGGACGGCAGAAGAAGCCAUUGGUCUGUCUGGAGAGAGUAUCAUUCGUUGUGAUGAAGACGAAGCCCACGUUGCAUCUGUAUAUUGCACCGUUUGUGCCACUCACCUGUGCGCAGACUGUUCCCAGCUUACUCAUUCUACAAAGACACUAGCGAAACACAGGCGUGUACCUCUUGCUGAUAAGCCUCACGAGAAGACCAUGUGCUCCCAACACCAAGUGCAUGCUAUUGAGUUUGUUUGCUUAGAAGAAGGCUGUCAGGCCAGCCCUCUUAUGUGUUGUGUCUGCAAAGAAUACGGGAAGCAUCAAGGUCAUAAGCAUUCUGUCUUGGAACCAGAAGCAAACCAGAUUCGUGCAUCCAUUUUAGACAUGGCCCACUGUAUAAGAACUUUCACAGAAGAAAUCUCAGAUUAUUCCAGAAAAUUAGUUGGAAUUGUUCAGCAUAUAGAAGGAGGAGAACAAAUAGUUGAAGAUGGAGUUGGAAUGGCCCAUACCGAACAUGUACCAGGGACUGCAGAGAACGCUCGCUCGUGUGUCCGAGCCUAUUUUUCUGAUCUUCAUGAAACCCUUUGUCGUCAGGAGGAAAUGGCUCUGAGUGUUGUUGAUGCUCACGUGAGAGAGAAGUUGAUUUGGCUUAGGCAACAGCAAGAAGACAUGACCAUCCUGUUGUCACAGGUUUCAACUGCUUGCCUUCAUUGUGAAAAGACUUUACAACAGGAUGACUGCAGAGUAGUAUUGGCCAAACAAGAAAUUACAAGAUUGCUAGAGACAUUACAGAAACAGCAGCAGCAGUUUACAGAACUUGCAGAUCACGUACAGCUGGAUGCUAGCAUACCUGUGACUUUUACAAAGGACAACAGGGUACAUAUUGGGCCAAAAAUGGAAAUUCGGGUUGUCACUCUAGGAUUAGAUGGAGCUGGCAAAACAACUAUUUUGUUUAAGUUAAAGCAAGAUGAAUUCAUGCAGCCUAUUCCAACAAUAGGUUUUAAUGUUGAAACAGUAGAAUACAAGAAUUUGAAGUUUACUAUUUGGGAUGUAGGAGGGAAGCAUAAAUUGAGGCCCUUGUGGAAACAUUAUUAUCUCAAUACACAAG